AUGGCUGUUCAUGCUCGAGCUACGGAAGCCGGGUGUGAUCGAGAUCUUUUAGUGGCGAGCAGCCUGAUCGAUAUGUACUCGCGAGCUGGAAGCAUGGAGGAUUCGCACAGGGCCUUUGAUCAAAUGGAGAGCCACGAUGUAGUGUCAUGGACGGGGCUCGUCUCCGGCUACGCUGAGAAUGGCGAUGGCGAGAGCUCCCUGGCGGUGUUCUUCGCGAUGGUGGACGAGGGAGUGGAGCCCGACUCAUGGACACUCGCGGCGGCGCUCAAGGCGUGCAGAUCCAUCGCCUCGAGCAAAGCUGGGCGACGUCUCCAUGGCGAGAUUUGCCGGCAUGGACUGGAGGGCGAUACCAUCGUGGUCACCGGUUUGAUUGACUUCUAUGGGAAGUGUGCUACCAUGGCCUACGCUCAGCGUGUCUUUGACGGUUCCAUGGUUGCCGCGCAGGACGUGGUUGCAUGGACGGCUCUAGUGUCCGGCUAUGGCCGCCAAGGUGACGUGAAGUUCGUGUUUGUGACGUUCCAGGCGAUGGUGGACACUGGCGUGAGGCCGGGUGGUGUGACCCUGCUGUGUGUGCUAGCCGCGUGUAGCCAUGCAGGGCUUGUGGAACGAGGGAAACGAUUGUUUGGAUCGAUGAGAGAGAAGUAUGGGAUUGAUCCUGGGCGAGAGCACUACCACUGCGUGAUUGAUAUGCUGGGGCGAGCAAACCAUCUGGAGGAGGCGCUGGAGAUUGUGAGAUCGAUGCCUUUCCAAGCGGGUGUCGUGACCUGGAUGAUGAUCUUGAGCGCUUGUAGGAAGUGGAAGAACACGAGAGUUGGAAGUGAAGCAUUUGAUGCGUUGGUUGGAAUGGAUGUGAGGGUGAAAUCGCCAGCGUCAUGUUUAUGA